GAACAGGCACUAGAGAUGACACGGGCCGCUGCGGCCAGGCGCCUAGAGGGAGCGCGAGCAGCCCCGGGGGAAGCGAGUCCGCGAGUGGGGCUGACGCGUGCGCACGGCCGACCGCCCGGCUUCGGUUCCCCUGUUUCUUGGCCUGCGGCGCCGACUGAGCCGGGGCAGCACGCGAUGGCCGUGGGCACGGGUACCUCGCUGGCGCUGUCCUCCCUCCUGUCGCUGCUGCUCUUCGCCGGGAUGCAGACGUACAGCCGGCAGCUGGCGUCCACCGAGUGGCUCACCAUCCAGGGGGGCCUGCUGGGCUCCGGCCUGUUCGUCUUCUCGCUCACCGCCUUCAAUAAUCUGGAGAAUCUGGUUUUUGGCAAAGGAUUCCAAGCAAAGAUCUUCCCCGAGACUCUUCUCUGCCUCCUGCUGGCUCUCCUUGCAUCUGGCCUCAUUCACCGAGUCUGCGUCACCACCUGCUUCAUCUUCUCCAUGGUCGGCCUGUACUACAUCAACAAGAUCUCCUCCACCCUGUACCAGGCAGCGGCUCCUGUCCUCACCCCAGCCAGGGUCACGGGGAAGGGCAAGAAGAGAAAUUGACCCUGAAUGUCUAAUAAGUUGAUCUUUGUAGUCCCGGGA